AUGGAAGAAAAUAAUGAUGAAUAUUAUAAACAAAUUUUAUAUUCAAAUGAAUAUUUUAAUUAUGAUAAAGAUUUAAUAAUUAAAAUUAAUUUAACAAAUCAAUUUUAUUUAUUUCUAUUUUGUAUUUUAAUUUUAACAUCACAAACAAAUGCUUUACCUAUUCAUCGAGUCAAUUCUAAUCAAUUAGGAAGUGUAUCGAAUAUUCAACAAUUUUCUACUACAACAACAAUUAAAUUAAGAGAUUUUUCUAUGCCUUCGAAUCAUCUUCAAUUUAAUAAUUAUAAAAUCUAUCGACAUAUUCCUAUUUCGAGUUAUUCAAAUAAUGGUAUUGUACAAGUUUAUAAUCAAAGAAAUUUCAAUAAUCAACAACAAGAACGACAAUUAAGACGUGAACGAUAUCGACGUAUAAUGAUUGAUAAAAUAUUUUUCAUAUUUGAUGAAGAUGCUAAUGGACAAUUAACAAAAGAUGAAUUAUAUUCAUUAAGUUUACGUUUAAAUAUUUUUCCAAAAUUUCAUCAUUUUCUUAAAAAAAAUUCAUCAUAG